CGAAUAUCUGACUGAGAGGUACAGAUUCUCAAGUGAUGGCAUCAGAUAUUUGUGUAGGCUGCUGGGUCCAAACAUACAGCACAGGACCGCACGGAGCCAUGCUCUCACUGUCCCACAGAUGGUCUGCGUAGCACUGCGAUUCUUUGCAAGUGGCAUGUUUCUGUAUUCUGUCGGUGAUGCAGAAAACCUCAAUAAAGCCACUAUUUGCCGCACAAUAAGAAAAGUAAGUCUGGCAUUGAAAUCUCUUGUGCACAUAUUUAUCACCUUCCCUGGCCACAGAAGAUUCAUCCACAUCAAGGAGGAGUUCUACAAGAUUGCAGUGGAUUGCACCCAUAUUCGUAUCCAACGCCCCUCAGGGGCACAUGAGGGAGAUUAUGUGAACAGGAAAUCCUUCCACAGUGUCAAUGUUCAGAUGAUCUGUGAUGCUGACUGCCUUAUCACAAAUUUAGAGGCAAAGUGGCCUGGCUCAGUCCACGACUCCAGAAUCUUUCGGGCCAGUAGAAUUUACCAGAGACUCUCUCUAGGUGAGUUCUCUGGUGUGCUGCUGGGGGACAAAGGUUAUGCCUGUGAGACAUUUCUGAUGACUCCCCUUACAGACCCCCAAACCCCAGCACAGCAAGCUUAUAACCAUGCCCAUGCCAAAACCAGGGCUCGAAUUGAAAUGACCUUCGGCCUCCUGAAAUCCCGAUUUCAGUGCCUGCACCACCUGAGGGUCUUCCCAGACAGAGCAUGCGACGUGACUGUUGCCUGCACAGUGCUGCACAAUAUUGCCAGCCUAAGAAAAGAAAGGGCUCCCAGAGUUGCUUUGGAUGUUGAUUGGGACAAUGCUGCCAUAUUCCCAGAUAACAGAAAUGGUAGACUUGUUAGAGAACAAUACAUUGCAAAUUAUUUCAGUUAA